GACCGACAGAGAGAGGGACCAAUGGCGUCGGCGAUGAUGAGAUCCAGCUUACGCUCCGCUCUUCGUGGCGGUUCCGGCCGUGGAGCUCCAGCUUCCAAGCGCAAUUUUUCUUCAUCUGCGCAUCACGAUGAGGCUCAGGAAGCAGCCAAAUGGGAGAAAAUCACUUAUGGGGGAAUCGUUGCUUGCACUAUCCUCGCUGGUGUUAUUCUUUCUAAGGGUCACCCCCACCAUGAUGAGCCUCCUGCAUAUCCGUACAUGCAUAUCCGAAACAAGGAGUUUCCAUGGGGUAAGUUCAAGUUUACUUGCAUUAAGGGAGAUCUUGCACUUUUAAAAUCGGUUUCUGUUAUGUUGUGGUGCUAUAAAUGGUUGCUAAUCCUAGACUAAUUAGUUAUCUGAAAUGAUGAACUUGUGAGAAUGCAGGUCCAGAUGGCCUUUUCGAGACUAAGCACCAUUGAUAAUUCACUACCAUCCUUGUCUGCAUUAGUGGUUGGUUAACAUGUCUUUUGUUAGACGGUUCAAGGCUUCAAACCCGUUCUCAAGAUGCUGUCUUGUAUUGUAUCCAGUACUUGGUUUCUUAUAAUCUCCAUAUAUUGGAAACAAUAAUAUGUAUGUGAUAGCUUGAAUUUACUCAUUCCUUCCAGUUCUUAUGUUUAUUUAAAAUAAAGACAUGCAAUACAUUUAUUGAAGUGACUAUACACCAAGGCUACUUAUGGAUUGCCUUCCCAUUCCUAUCAAUCUCUCAGUUGCGGAACAAAGUUCUAUAUUUAAAGUGUACACAUGGGAAAAGUGUUAAAUUA